GUGGAGCCACAAAGAUUUCUGGCUCAGCUUGAGAUUGUCGCUACGCUCUUGAGAGUCGAUCUCACAGAUCGCAGCUAUCGCAAUGACUUCACGCCGAACUAUCGCGUCCUUUUUGACCGCCCAGGGCGCAGGCUCUACAUCUAUGAGCUUUUCAACUGCUUCGACUGUGAGCCCAUCUUUGUGAACGGCAAGCUCAUCCGCAUCAGUCAGGACGCGCGACAAAAGGGGAAGCUCCUGAAGCGGUGCUACCACGAGUUGCUGGAGACCGUCGACGCUUACUUCCUAGUGGGAGCCAUCCCCGACCUCGAGAAGAUGCGAGCUUUGAUGGCCCGCUUCGAUAGGACCUGGGUGGACUUUGAGAAGCUCUAUUUCGAGGAGCUCUUCCAGAUUGAGGCGGAAGCCCGCGCCCCGGUAGUCCGCGCAAUGCAGCUGGAGCACAAGCUGAGGAGCCUGGAGGAUAACGACACGCCGAAGUUAGAGGUUCUUGUCUCCUCCCUAAGGGACCGGUCCCCUACAAGGUAUAACGAGCGCUUCGAGGUACUGAAACAGCUGGUUCAGCUGACGGCAGGCCUCAACAACAGUGCCAACGUGGUGGGCCGCGGCCGAGAUGACUUGAAUGUGGAGGUCCUGGUUGCAGCAGCGGAUCGUUGGGCUCUCGCCAUGUCCAGAGAGCCAAGCAAUCAGAUAGAGACCUACCACCGCGAGGUUCAGCGCGUGCUGUCUAGCAGGGUGCUGCAACAUUUUGCUGACCUUCGGAAGUACUUCGGCUCUAUCAGCGACAUCUGGAAGGAGGUGGACCCCCAACUCUGCAAUAAUCGGAAGCUGGUGGAUGCUCUCUCGGCUUGGGAGGUUGCCUGGGAACUAGGCAAUCGCUCUCUCUUGAAGCAAGAUGUUUUGCAGUCCUUCAGCAACUGCGCAGCGAUGACCUUGGACGCCCAACGUCUCGCCCCAGAGCUACCGCGCCUCAUCGACACCCGGGAUGCAGAGCUUUUCCUGAUCUUGCCUCGGCUGGUCACCUUGUGUGCCUUGCGCGCUCCGAGCCAGUCCGGGAUCAUCCGGGAGCUCCUCCCCCACCAAUUCGCAGGAGAGGCUGAGGCUGACAAGGGCGAGGAGGGGGAAGAGGCCGCGGCGUUUAGGAGCCGCCUUCAGGAGCUGAAACGGGACUUCGAGGAGGCUGGGAAGGGCUUCUCCUAG